GCCAUGAAAGCCAGAUUGAGCUGGACUUGAACUCACAGCAACUGCAUAGGGCCCUGCCGUAGCCUGAACCAGUUGGUUAUGCGUUCAUACAUACCACCGGUACAUGUACAGCAGCCAGCGUUAGCCAUGGAUUUACCUGUACUGCAUUUUCAGUCAGAUGUCGCAAAAUGAAAUAACUAAAACGCAAUGGAGAAGAGUUGAUCGUGUGUAGUUUGAGACUAGUUUGAGAUGGUUGCAUGGUGAGGAUUUAAUUGUAAACCAAGCACUAUGUCGUACAUAAGCAAAGUACCGUAUCGCUGCCCAAAGUGCGGAGACUUGAAAAGUUUUCCAUCUUUGCGGGAGCUGAAGAUGCACCUGGAUGAGGAACACUCUUUCAGGAGCAUGCAGGAGCGUCAGAGGAGUAGAGUGUUCACACCACUCUCUAAGCAGAAGUACGCGUCGCGUCGCAAUCACUCGGGAAGACUGUCACCACUUUCUCUCAGCCUCAGCGAAGACGCACGGGCAUUGGAGGAGCGCUUGAAGAGGGCCAAAGAGGCAGAGAGCGCACACAGAUUAGGCCACAGCGUGAAGCCAAAUGGGCACAAUCAUCUGAACGACACUAUCACAAUGCUAAGUCGGGACGUCAUGCAGGCGCGGCAGAACCAGUGGAACACGGCAGACGCCCUGUAUCACAGCCAAGACGUUCUGGAAGGGUUACAGUUGUCUGCAGACCAACAGAGCAAGCAGCAGACGGAAAAUGUGGCGAAGCUCAAAAAUGACCUGGAACAGAAAGAGCGGAACCUGUCCAAAGUGAACAAGGACCUGGAGAACGUGACGCGAGAGAGGAUAAAACUGGAGGCAGAGAAACUGGCGCUGGCGCAGCGUAUGGAAGAGAGUUCAGGCAAAGUGACUAACCUUGAGUCACAGAUGAGGGAGAAGACAGAGAUGCUUAAACAGAAAGACAGAGAGCACAAGGAGCUGAUGAAAUUUCUAGAAGGGGCUGCUAGAAAGGAGUCUGUGGCCAGAGAAAAACUGAAGAUUUCAUUAAUGGCAUUUUAGAUAGAGCGGAGAAAGCAGAACAAGAGCUACAUCAAAUUAAGAACCAAAUGAAUGCCCCGCCAGUCCCCAAGGAUGUCUUGAACUACCUUGCUCACACACGACCUAGCAAACAAGCACAGCCUCUACCUCAAAG